UCUCGACUUUCUUGAAUGAGUUAUACUUUAAAGUAACAAACAAAUCACGAAAAAAAAAAAAAAAAAAAUACUUAUCGAAAGAAUUAUGUUUGAGGAACUUCUCAAAGCCUGCAAGAGUGUUGAGGGGUCUCAGAAUCCGUCCCAGGAAAUUGACGAGGAUCUUUUACGACUGGUCCCUGAUAAUAUCACCAUUCAUGACCUGGAAAGCUUCCUAUCGCAUAGCAAAGAUGAAUCGGAUCACGUCGCUCUGCUCAUAGCCGCAUAUGCUAUCAUCCUCAAGUUCAGCAAGAACGCCGAAGUACAAGGCAUCAUCAACGAGGACAACUUUGAUGGCGCGGUCAAUGAAAUCGCCGACCAUAUCAGCUCCCUCAUCGUACCCCUCUGUUCCGGCGAUUCGCUAGACCAAGACGAGACCGACUACGCCACUCUUCAGCGCAAAGGCAACCUGGGCCUCAAAGCCUUAGAUGCGCUUACCAAAAUCCCCUCCAAAGCCAUUCCCUUCCAGCUUCCUCGCCCGGUCCUUCUCCGCAUCGCGGCUUUCACCAAUCCCACGGACCCCUGGACAACGGCGGAAUCCUCCGCGCUCUCCCAAACCCUGCUGUCGGCGCACCUCGACGGCUCGCAAGCGCGGCCGUUCAUCGUCGAUGACGUCCUAGCAGGGUUCCUUCGCCCGCUGUUCUCCAAGUCCCGCCCCGCGGCGAUCACGGCUUCCGGGCGCAAGGCAGAGUACGUCGAGGAGGCGUCGCGGUACGACGGCGCCGCUCGCGAGUCCUCCGAGACGAAGCCGUGGAAGUAUGCCCAUCGGUACGCGGUUACGGUGUUCGAGUGGGCUGUGCGGCAUGCGGAUUCCCCCCUCCUCCAAGCCCACUGGCCGCUCUUCACCCCCGUCCUCCUCACCUUGAUCGACGAGCCGGGCCCCGCCCCCCUCAAGAUCCGCGCGCUCGGCAUCCUGCGCGCCUUCUGGGCGCGAUGCCCUCAGACCCUGAUGCGGGACACGGGACUAGCCGAGGUCUUCGAGCAGGCCGUGUUCCCCGCCGUCUUGUACCUGCCGAGCCUGACGCCCGAGGACGAAGCUCUGCAGAUCCUCGGCGCCGCGUACCCGGUGCUAAUCGAGAUGGCCGGCCUGACUAUCGACCAGCAUACGGCCACAGUCGGCAGCGCAAGCACGGCGGAGACGCAGAAACCAGCGCAUAGUCAGAUCACGGAAGCGCAGCGCAGACUGCUGGACAAGAUCAUCAGAGAAGGCAUCAUGGUCGGGUAUCACCACGCGAAAGAUCACGUGCGGCUCGUGGGCCUGUUCUGCGAAACGCUCGUCUGUAUUAUAAACGGGAUGGGUAUACUAGCCGUGAAACACCUCAAGGAUUUCCUCCCCAUGCUCUCCGAGAUCAUGACCGACCCCUUCGGCACCAAGUACCCGCCCGCGCUCAUCUCGAGCAUCAAGCUCCUGCAGGCAGUCCUGCUCACCUGCUGGCCGCGAAUCCCGCACUACUGCAACGAGAUCGUCAAGAUGCUCAUGCUCAGCUGGCUCAACAUCAGCGACGAAGCAGAGUCGUCGUCCUUUACAUCCGACAGCAGUCCGAUCGCGAACGAGCUCAAGACCGGACUGAUCCAAACCGCUACCAUGCUGUCCGCUAUAAUGAACGCCGCCAACGUAAAUUUCGGAGAACGCGUGGACCCUCUCGUCGAGAAAGACCCUCGACUAAGCGAGCUUUUUUGUUUAUCUGGGCGAGGUUAAUUUAGGUACCUAAUCAAUAAUACCUAGCACAAAAACAAAAGGCGCGCAUGCAUGCAUCGUAAU